CCCAAUCCCCUUUUUUCUGUUCCAUACUAACAUCCACAAGGUGCUCAAUACACCCAUCCGGCGCCAAAACAAAAACCACGAUAAGAAGUAGAAUAAAAAAACAAAAACGAAUCCACGAUACGUUUCUCUCUCCCAGCCUUCUGAAACCCUAAUUUAACAAAUAUCACGAAAUUCCGAUUUUUUAUCUAUACAAUUUCUUCAGAUUUUGUUCGACUCCUUUAAUUUCCCUGAUUCCCAUCAAUCUAUAUAUAUAUAUAUAUAUAUAUAUAUAUAUAUCUCGAUUGAUAUUAAAACUUUAUUUUUUAUUUAAUUUUGGGCAUUUAGGGUUUUGAAUCCCAGUUUUUUGGCGAAGACUUUUACAGGGGUUGGUUGCUGAACGGAAUGGCCUCCGUAUCAAGUCAGCCGCAGUUCCGAUACACUCAACCCCCGUCUAAGGUGCUGCAUUUGAGAAACUUGCCCUGGGAGUGUACGGAGGAAGAGUUGAUCGAGCUCGGGAAGCCAUUUGGUAAGGUCGUUAACACCAAGUGCAAUGUUGGAGCCAAUCGUAAUCAGGCUUUCAUUGAAUUUGCUGAUUUGAAUCAGGCCAUUGCUAUGAUAUCAUAUUACGCUUCAUCUUCAGAGCCUGCUCAAGUAAGGGGCAAAACGGUCUACCUACAAUAUUCUAAUCGGCAAGAGAUUGUAAACAACAAAACGACUGCGGAUGUUGCCGGAAAUGUUCUGUUGGUAACAAUUGAAGGUCAAGAUGCGCGGCUUGUUUCCAUUGAUGUUCUGCAUUUGGAUCAUGUCAAGGGAAAUAUCUCCAAUGGCAGCUUAGUGCAUCGGGAGAAAGAGCACACGUGUGUAUUUUCAGCUUUUGGAUUUGUGCAUAAAAUUACUACCUUUGAGAAGACAGCUGGAUUCCAGGCAUUGGUGCAGUUUUCAGAUGCAGAAACAGCCACGUCUGCAAAAAAUGCCUUGGAUGGACGAAUCAUCCCUAGGUAUCUGCUUUCUGAAAAUAUAGCUCCUUGUACGCUUAGGAUCACAUAUUCUGCUCACACUGAUUUGAGUGUGAAAUUUCAGAGCCACCGAAGCAGGGACUAUACCAAUCCCUAUCUUCCUGUUGCUCCUUCAGCUAUAGAUGGAAGUGGCCAGUUCAGUUUGGGUCUUGAUGGGAAAAAACUAGAACCUGAGAGUAACGUUUUACUUGCAUCUAUCGAGAACAUGCAGUAUGCUGUUACCUUGGAUGUGCUACACAUGGUGUUCUCUGCUUUUGGCCCUGUUCAAAAGAUUGCCAUGUUUGAUAAGAAUGGUGGAGUGCAGGCUCUAAUUCAGUACCCAGAUGUUCAGACAGCUGUUGUUGCCAAGGAGGCCUUGGAAGGUCACUGCAUAUAUGAUGGAGGGUUUUGCAAGCUUCAUAUCUCAUAUUCACGCCACACUGAUCUCAGUAUAAAGGUCAACAAUGAUAGGAGCAGAGAUUAUACAAUCCCAAACCCUGCCAUGGUUAACCCACAACCUUCGAUUUUGGGACAACAGCCAGUUCAAACAGUGGGGGCUACAGCUGCUCAUCAGUACAAUGGGACUCAAUAUGCUCCUCCCCACCCUCAACCUUCAGCUGGAUGGGCCUCAGGUGUUCCAGCAGUGCCGCAAUCCGCAGCAGGACAGAUGACUAGUCAUCCUUACAUGCCACCAGCCUCAAUGCCUCAAAUGACUCCUGCCGGAAUGAUGCAAAUGCCAGCCCAUAGUGGCGUACCACCAGCUGGGGCAGUGCCUCCUUACAGACCCAAUCCGAUGUAAUAGCAUCUUUCUACAAUAUAUAAAAACCGAGUUGCGGUUGCCUCAUAGCUGCCGCAUGCUGGUUGCUACCAGCAUUAGUUGUUUUUUUUCUGUUCUGUUUAAAAAUUUGAAUUGGGGAACAUGGUGAGCAGUGUUAGAGGACAUUUUUUGUAUUUGUUGGAAUUUCGAGAAGGGGUGCUGGAAGGGAAGAGAGGGGCGAGGUUAGGAGAUAGGUUGGGGAGAUAUUGUUUGAAUGUUUAACCAAAGAUAUUGUGCAGCUAAAAAAAGGAACCCAAAAGAAAAAAAAAAGGGCGUGUUGUGGUA